AUGGCAUCCUCUUCUACAAAUAGCCAUCGGAAAUCCGGUGGACUAAAAAUGACAACAACGUCCAUUCGCAUAGGAUCUCAACCAUUGACGCCACCAGACUCUGGUAAGAAGCCUUUUGUUUCUCCAUCUACUUUGAGCAACAAUAGGAGCACCGGCAGUAGCAAUAAUAGUAGGAGCAGUAGCAGCGCCUCAACUGCCACACUCACUAGAAAGCCCUCCCAAUUGCCCAAGCUAGAUACUGCGGCUCGUCAGCAGCAUAAACCAGCGAGUAGCGAUAGUAAUGACAGCAAAGCGAGUCGAGAAUCAUCUCCAAAACACAUUUCAGUUACGAAAAGUACGCCACAGCCAACAAAUAUAAAGGGGCCUUCCAUAUUGAAGAGUGAUAAAAGCAGUAGUACGUCAAAGAGAUCGUCUAUUGCCUCGCCAUUGACCUCAUCUCGACCAGGUUCCGGUCAUGUGAAGCCCAGACCAAGUGGUAGUACCAAGCGAGUGUAUGACGAAAACUUGAAUACCCUGAAAGAGCGCAUCACAGUCAACGCAACAGCAAAAGUGGGCUCCAAAGACAACAUCAAGCACAAACCUGGAGGCGGGUCGGUAGAGAUUUACCACGACAAAUUGACAUUUGUCAAGUUCAAGGAAGUCAAAUCAAAAGUAGGUUCCAAGGACAAUAUCCAACACAAGCCAGGAGGAGGUCUUGUGCAGAUCUACGACGAUAAAUCAGUGCUUAUCAAGAAAGAGGUCAAAUCAAAAGUAGGAUCGAAGGACAACAUCAAACAUAAGCCAGGAGGUGGCCAAGUAAAAAUUUACAAUGACAAAACGAUUCUGAUCAAAACUAAGGAUGUCAAGUCCAAGGUAGGAUCAAAGGACAACAUCAAACAUAAACCUGGAGGAGGCGAAGUCAAGAUCUACGACGAUAAAUCAAUUUUGAUUAAGUUUAAGGAUGCCAACUCAAAGGUAGGCUCUUUGGACAACAUCAAACACAAGCCUGGCGGUGGAGAAGUCAAAAUAUACGACGAUAAAUGCGAGUUCAUAAAAUCAAAAGAGAUCAAUUCCAAAGUGGGUUCUCUUGAUAAUAUCAAACACAAGCCUGGAGGUGGCGAUUUAAAAAUCUACGACGACAAGUUUGAGUUUAUCAAGUCUAAAGAAAUCUCAUCAAAGGUCGGCUCUUUGGGAAAUAUAAAACAUAAGCCAGGAGGAGGGGAUCUGCUAGUCUAUCACGAAAAACUAUCUUUCAAAGAUACAGCAAAUCCUCGUAUUGAUGUCGGCCCCAAACGACGAGUCAAGUCGAGUCAAAGUAGCCACUCAAAUAUGGUAUCUCCAUCGUCUUCUAUCAAUGAAGCAAUGAGUCCAAUAAGCAUCAGUACAGAGCAAGACGAAUUAGACAGACAAGAAUCCUUGGUAACCUCCCCUAUUUCAAUGGAUUGA